CAGGUGGUUAUGACAAACGGAUUAUCCGUACUUCAUCCCCUAAUUUUUGUUCAUUAAAUUUGAAAAUCCCAUAAGUAUAAUUUUUUUUUUCUCUUGUUUGUAUUUUGGAGAUGAGAAACUAAUAAACCUAGUACAUAUAGCAGCGUUUUUUUAUCUUUAUAAUUACCAUCUUCUUCUCCUCUCAAAUCUCAAUCCAUUCUUCCUCCGAAUCAAGCACUACUCUCAACUCUUCUGGCUCCUUCUACAUUUCAAAAUAUGCAUCCUUCCAAUUAUGAUGCUCAAAACAUUCACCUCCAAUUAAUGGAUGAUGGUGGGUGUAAUUCUUCAGUUUUUCCCAUUUCCAAUUCCCAGAAUCAAAAUCCCCACCAUUCUCUUUACGAACCCCACUUGCACCACUCCCAUGGAAGCAAACCACCGGACCAAAUUUUCCGGCCACCGAUGGUCCCCGUUACUUAUCGGCUGUUACAACAACAUGGGUUUCAGGAGUUUCAUGAAAACGAGAGAUUGCAUCAGCAUCAAAUGUCCCACCCUUUUUCCACUACUGUGAAUUUCAUGGGUCUGAACGAAAACAGUGCCGGCGAUGAUGGGGUUUUGAAGCAUCAGCAAGAUGGCACUUUUCUCCACCACAAUCGACAGAAUUCCCUAGUAAUGCCCAAUUGUUGGAAUACCCAAGAAGAUCCUGUCAUCAAGGAACCUUUUUGGAAACCUCUGAAUAGAGGUAAAAAUAAGGAGUGCAGCACUGAAGAUAGCGUACGAGCUAUGGAGGGUAACGAGUACAACAAACCUUUGCAACAAGCAGAUGAUUGCAGAGCUGAGAGAUGUAAGGAUUCCAGCAGUAAAUACAGACUUUUUAAUGAGCUUGAAGCAAUCUGGAGUCUUGCAAAGUUUGGAGAAGGUAAUCAAACUGCUGCUUCUGGGUCUGCUCUCACAGGAGAAAAUUCACCCAAAAAAGUUAGUUUUUCCAGGAUGCUAACAGAUGUUCAAGGUCAUAAUGGAGGUGGGCAAGGUGGGGUUGCUAAUGCGGUAACCGGGGUUGAUCAUGGGUCCGAGACUUCCAUUGGGGAAGAAGCAUCUUUGAGAAAGAUUCAGAAGAAGAAGAGGAAAAUGAAAGUGAAGGAGCAACUGAGUUCAAUGGCAGGGUUUUUUCAGAAUUUGGUGAAGCAAGUGAUCGAUCAUCAAGAGUUUCUUCAUAGAAAAUUCUUGGAAAUGAUUGAAAUAAUGGAAAAAGAGAGGACAGAGAAAGAAGAGGCUUGGAGGUGCCAAGAGGCUGCAAAGCAUGAUAGGGAAGCCCUUGCGAGAGUACAUGAACAAGCUAUGGCUUCUAAAAGAGAAGCUCUUAUUGUUUCAUAUUUAGAGAAAAUCGCUGGCCAAAGCAUCAAUCUUCCAGAGAGGACUCCAUUGUUGCCACCGGAAGGGGCAAUAGAACCCAGAAAUAAGUUGGGUACGGUUGAGCUUGAUGCUAACAGUAGGUGGCCUAGGGCUGAAGUAGAAGCCUUGAUUCAAAUUAGAAGUGCCCUAGAAUCAAAAUUUCAGGAACCCGGGUUAAAGGGACCCCUUUGGGAGGAGGUGAGCUCUGCUAUGGCUUCAAAGGGUUACCAAAGAAGUGCUAAAAGGUGCAAAGAAAAAUGGGAGAACAUAAACAAGUAUUUUAGGAAGAGCAAGGAGAGUGGCAAAAAGCGUUCUCAGCAGUCUAAAACCUGCAGUUAUUUCAACCAAUUGGAUCAGCUCCAUUCAAGAACAACCAGUCUUUGUCCUCUUUCAUCUAGUUCUUUGAUUAGCAGUGAUAUGGAGGCACUGAAGCAAGGUGAUUCAGAGUUUUUAGAAGCCUUCAUUUCUGGUAGAGACCUUAUAAUUCCAUCACCUAACUCUACUGGAGGCUUCAAAGUUUCCGAAAUGAGAUCCCCAAGACUGGAUUUUGAGGGCAGUAUUGCUGGUAAUGAGAAUAUACAACAGAGAGGGAAUAGAAAAGACAAACAAAGCAACAAUGAUGACAAUGGAGAGUGAAAACUAAUCACUUGAAAGGCCCCUUUCUUGCAUACUAUUAGUGCAUGCAAAGAAACAUGAGUACGUGUGGGGUGGGGCCUGCCUUGCAUGGCACAGCAGGGAACGACAGAGAGACAUCAGGUCAGCCUUCCUCUUCCUUCCAUUAUAGAGUUUGAAAUCUGAGCAGAGAGAGAGAUAUAUUAAUGAACAACUGAGAUGACAUCACUGAUACAAGCCCGCACGGUGAGACCAUAUUCAUUUUCACAUGCUAUAUCUGAUUUUCAGCAGAACACCUCGUUUGCAUUGUACCAAUCACCUCUUUUCUUUGACUAUUUCUUUUUCUCCGCGGGCUCCUGGCUUCCUUCACCUGCAUGUUUGGCUCCGCUUUCGAUAUCAACUGUAGUACCUUUAACUUUUUUGCAAACUUGAUUUCAAUUUAGAGGC